AUGGCGGAACGCAAAGGCGCAUACGGCACAUCCACGACCAACGAUGCCUCCUUCCGCAAGACCUGGGAUCGCGAAGCAUACGCGCGGCAAGCGGCUGAGCGCGAGCAGAAGGUGAAAGAAGAAGGCAAAGCCCGCUACGAGGCCGCGCUCGAAGGCAAGAAAUACCAUCGGCCCACAGUAGCGCCCGAGGACGUGCGGGAGACCGAAGCGCGCAAAGCACGGCUCAAUGUCGCCGAUCAAGUAGGCAAGACCCAGCUCAUAGCCGUUGGUGCGGGUCAAGGCAAGCGCGGCAAAUCCGCAGGUUUCUAUUGUGAUGCUUGCGACCUUACUUUCAAGGACAACUUGCAGUUCGUGGAGCACCUGAACAGUAAGCAGCAUCUUGUGACGACUGGGGAGAGCGGGGAAGUGAGGCGUGCGACAUUGGAGGAGGUCAAGGAGCGUUUUGAGUGGCUGAAGCGGAAGAGGGACGAAGAGCGAUCUAGGGAGGUGGUGGACUUGGAGGCCAGGAUUGAGGUUGCAAGGGAGGCGGAGGAAAUGGAGAGGGAAGAGAAGAGGCGGAAGAGGAACGAGAAGAGAAGGAAGACAAAAGAUGGUGUAGGCGUGGAUGGAAUCAAGUUGGAGAAUGAUGGGGUGAUUUGCUGA